GUCUGAUUUACCCACCACCUCAAAUCUUCCCAAUCCUUCCAUACGACAGAUACUCUUCCUUGGUUAAUCCCUGCUACCUACCCUUCCUUCUUUCACCGCUUUAGAUACAUUUGCUUCUUCAUUCUUUUUAGUGGGCAAUCUCCACCGCUUAAUCCCUCCACCUAUUACUCAAAACCUUCAAUCACUUUCAAUGUUUACUUCUUCUAUUGCCCGACCGCCUCUCAUCUUAUCAACGUUACCUCAUCGCCUUCCACCGCCUCACCACCUCAGAGAAGUCGUCUUCGGAUCCGAUUCAGAUGGUCGCCGAUUUCAUACGCUCCACCACCAAUGUUCGUUUCAGGUUUCGGGUCCCUUCAGACCUAAAGUUGGUUUUGCUCAAGGUUUUCGUAAAGAAGAUGAAUCCCACCACUUGAUUGGAAUCAUCUUCCAAACUGUUAUGAAAUAUGCUGUCUAUACUUUGGAAAUAAGAAUAGUUGGUGAUGAAGACAUAUCUUCUCAAUUUUUACUUUUUUCGUUCUCUUAUUCAUCUUUCUGA